GGCGGAGAAAGGAUGGAGGAGAGCCCAGCAGGGCCCGUGGAGAGCCACCUGGGGCUGGAGCCUGGGCUGGGCCGCACGGAGGCCGCUGGGGGAGGCAGUGGUGCAGGAGGCCGCCCCCGGGACCUGGAGCACUACCCUCUGCACACCCGAGGCCUGGGACUUUUCUCAGCAGAUGCGACUCCCCACCCCCCGCCGGGUGCCCUGAGCAUGGCUGACACCAUCUUCGGCAGUGGGAAUGACCAGUGGGUCUGCCCCAACGAUCGGCAGCUGGCCCUGCGUGCCAAGCUGCACACGGGCUGGUCUGUGCACACCUACCAGACGGAGAAGCAGAGGAGGGACCAGCAUCUCAGCCCCACAGAGGUAGAGGCCAUCCUGCAGGUCAUCCAGAGGGCCGAGCGGCUGGACGUCCUGGAGCAGCAGAGAAUCGGGCGGCUGGUGGAGCGGCUGGAGACCCUGCGGGGCAACGUGAUGGGGAACGGCCUGUCCCAGUGUCUGCUCUGCGGGGAGGUGCUGGGCUUCCUGGGCAGCUCCUCAGUGUUCUGCAAAGACUGCAGGAAGAAAGUCUGCACCAAGUGCGGGAUCGAGGCCUCCCCUGGCCAGAAGCGGCCACUGUGGCUGUGUAAGAUCUGCAGUGAGCAAAGAGAGGUCUGGAAGAGGUCGGGGGCCUGGUUCUACAAAGGGCUCCCCAAGUAUAUCUUGCCCUUGAAGACCCCUGGCCGAGCUGAUGAUCCCCACCUCCGGCCUUUGCCUGUGGAGCUGGCCGAGCGAGAGACCAGAAGCUCCGAGAGCAGCCGCGUCUACACCUGGGCCCGAGGAAGAGGGGUUUCCAGUGACAGUGACAGUGACUCAGAUCUCAGCUCCUCCAGCCUAGAGGACAGACUCCCACCCACUGGGGUCAGGGACUCAAAAGGCGACAAACCCUGGAGGGAGUCAGGUGGCAGCGAUGAGGCCCCCAGGAUGGGGCUCGCCCACCCACCCGGCCACCUCUCCGGGAGCCAGAGCAGCCUGGCCAGUGAGACAGGGACAGGCUCUGCUGACCCGCAGGGCACUCUGCCCCGGGCUGACCUGAAGGGCCCUGGUAAAAGACACACCUGGGCCAUCCCCCGCUGCUGAUGUGGCUCCAGCAGGCCCCUCCAGCUGCCCGGGCUGAGGCGUUGGGUGCAUGGAACAGACUUCCCCGUGGAAGAUUCUGGAGAAAGCUGGAGCCAGACCCUGCGAGGCUCCUCCCGGACGGGUCCCUGUGCCCUCGCCAGCCACCCUUUUGCCCACGACGCAACAAACCAGUGUUGGGAGCUGUCUGCAUCCCCACCCAGUGCCUUUCUGCACCCCUUCUCUCCGGGGGGCCCUCUGCUUCCGCCACCCCUCCCACUGCUGCCCUCAACCCCAACCUUAUUUAUUGCCCCUGCCCCACGACCCCAACCUACCUUGUGAUUAUUGUAAGUUUGCUUGGGUCUUGGGUUGGGCUAGGGUGUGGGGGACUUCCCACAUGCAGUGUCAGAGGGGCAGCCAGGCGGGGCUUUCUCCAUUGCUAUAUUAAUGGCAAGAUCAAAUGAAACCUAGGGCAUGGCCUCCAAAGCUGCGUGUGGCGUGUGGCCCUUAGAGGUGAGCACUGGAGCCAGAGCAGCGCCCACCUCCCCCUCCCUUCAGUGGGGUGUGAGAUUCACCCACCUCCCCCUCCCUUCAGCUGUGGGAGGCAGGAGCAGGCCCCCCUCCCGUGGGCUGGCCCAGGACUGCAGGUGAAACCUGGCAUUGUUAGGUUUCUUUGGUUUUUGUGUGUUUGUUUCUGAGAUGGAGUCUUGCUGUGUUGCCCAGCCUGGAGUGCAGUGGCAUGAUCUCGGCUCACUGCAACCUCUGCCUCCCAGGCUCAAGCAAUUCUCCCACCUCAGCCUCCUGAGUAGGUGAGAUUACAGGUGCCCACCACCAUGCCCAGCUCAUUUUUGUAUUUUUAGAAGAGAUAAGAUUUUGCCAUGUUGAGCAGGCUGGUCUCAAACUCCUGGUUUAAAGUGAUCUGCCUGCCUUGGCCUCCCAAAGUGCUGGGAUGACAGGCGCGAGCCACCGCGCCCGGCCCUAUUAGGUUUCUUUGAAUCCCCUCACAGCCUGCCUGGUUUUUGCUCAGCCUGUCUUCAGCUUGAGGAGCUGGGAAUGUUUCUGGUGGACGCUGUUAACUCACUGAAGAGCAGCCUUCAGGCAACUCCCCGGCCAGGGCACGUGGCUCCCCUCAGCCAUUAGUUCACUUCUCUUAGCAGGUUUGGCUUGGCAUGCAAAUACUUCCGAGUACGGGCAAAUGCUUCUGGAAAACCCUUCCCUGAAGAGAGAACGUGUGUGGGGCGUGUGCAUGACAGUGUCCACACCUGCUCUCCUCCUGCCUCCCCCACCCCACCCCUGGGUCCCCGGAUCCGGAAGGGCCUCCUCCUCUCCAAGCUGGGAGCUCCUGGGCCCCCACCAUUCGCUUUUUGUCCUUGCUGCUGGCAAAUGGUAAAGGAGUACUCACUUUCCCUGUGACACGUUAUGCUUCAGAAUUAAAACAAUGAAGAUUUAAAUUUGCAUUGAGCCAGUGUGUUGAUCAAAAGACCACAAUUGCCUGUGUUUCUGAGAUGCAUCCAUAGAAAAUGGAUGGAAAAAACUGUGAUGCAUUGACUUGCUGGAACACUUCCUAAGCCGCAGAGAAAGGAGGGGCUCUAUCUGUGUGUGUUCAUGCGGCUCACACACCUGACGCUACGUGGAUAAGCAAGGCCAUCUACAUACAAAAGGAAGUAUUUCACAACACAGAUAAUCAGAAUGAGUUCUACAAACACACGGACGUAUGCAAAAAUGAAUUUUAAAUGGACAAGGACUGCUGGUUACAUAUGGUGCACUGAAUAUAUUCAUAUUUUCCUCUGUCCCUCAAAACCCCACUAGAAUGACGUAAAAGAAUGAAAAUGGCAUAAACCACAAAGAGAAAAAGAAGAGGAACUUUGGAAGCUGAGCGGUAUAAUCCACUUAAUGUCAGCCCCGAAAUGUCUACAAAGAAGGAAGCCAAGCAUGAACAAGCCUAUUUGCUCCGCAGCCUACCCCAAAUGCACAGAACGUGGAGGGCCAGGUGUCCCUAACCGGGAAGCCCAGCAUGGGCCUGAAAAUUGUAUUGAUUGAAAGAAGUCUUUAGACCUCUGGUCCCGUCUCCCGGCCUGGGGACUGCCCUUCCCUGAGCAUGGUGGGAGACAGGUGUACUGCCGGCCAAGGGUGAUCUGAAAAGAUUCUGGACUGGGGACCCCAAGCCUUGCCAAAGGCCAGGCCAGCGCACCUAACUGAAAUCAGGGUGUUAAUGGGGAGGCCCUCAUUCCUCAUUAAAAUCCCUGAAAGGGGCUGAUAAAAGCCAGGCCUGGUCCCCAUCCGUCCACCCCCAAGGCAGAACAUUAUUGAAUUUACCUCUGGAAAACCGAUGAAAGAGAACAGAUGGGUAGGCCCUGACACUGGGGGUUCUGAAAACAGUGUGCCCAGUCCACUGUGGGACCCCCAGUCCACGAGCCCCACCCACAUGUUCAGUGCUUUGCUGCCUUUCACUCACUGUAUAGAUUUGUAUUUUUUAUGUGUCAGAAAUAUUUCAACGUA